GAAAGGAAGAAGUGAGACAGAGGGAGAGACAUCUCUCUAUUGAGUUGUCUUGUGUGUCCUCCCAUCAUGGAUAUCCUGCUAUUCACUUGAACAGAAGCCAUGUUACCAAAACAAAUAAAAUCCUUGUUGUCUUGCUUUUGUUUUUAACAAACUAGAGAUUCCAAUCUUUGCACCUUUUUUUAAAAUAUUUUGUCCUGAAUACAAGCAUUUGUUUUAAGUGGUCACUAUAAAGGCUUAUUCAUUUUUGGAGACAGCAAAUAUUUACUGAGCACCUAUACUGUACCAGACACUGUUCUAAAUUCUGGGAGCAAAACAAAGUCCUCAUCUUAUACUUAGGUGGGUAAGACAGAAAAUACAUAGAAAGUAUAUAAUGCACUGACAGGUAAUGAGAAGGGCUUUGAAAAAAAAAUACAGUAGGAUUGGGGAUUGAGUUUCAACAGGAGCACUAAAUUACAGACAACAGUUGAGGAAAGACUCUCUGAGUCUCUGAGCUUUACCAGAGCUCUGAGUGAAGUAACAAACUAAGGCACAUGAAUAUGGGGAGAGAAGGUGGAAGUAUUCCAGGCCUUGAUAUGGCCCACACUUGACAUAGUCAAGUAUCACAGCAUGGCAGGAGUGGGGUAAGUAAGAUGAAGAGUGGUAGAAAACCAGGGCAGGGAGCAAGGCCAUACUUAAAAUUCAACUAAUCUGAGUUUUAAGUAUAUUUUAAAGAUGGAGAGCAAAUACUUGAUGGGAUCUGAUUUCUUUUUCUUUUUUAAAUAUCAGUCUAGCUGUUAUGUGGGUGUUAAUCUCCAAACAUAUAAAAAUAGAAUCAGAUCCAGGGGAGAAUUUCACAGAGGACUGGAUAGUUUAUGGAGAUGGUGAAAACUGUUCAGAUUCUGAAUAUGCUUUGCACAUGACGUCUAGAGGGUUUAUUGAUGGCUUGGAUAAAAGAUAUUAAGAGAAAAGGAAAGGAUGUGGCCUAAACAACUGAGUGAAUGGAGGUCUCAUUCUUUGAGAUGGAGAAGAAGUAGGAAGUCACAUGUUUGGGGUGAGAAGAGCCAAAAGCUCAGUCUUGGGCAUGUUUAUGUUUAAGUUGCCUGUUAAAUAUCAAAUGGUGAUGUUGAGUAAGAAGUCGGGUAGAAAAAUCCAGGAUGGAGAAGUGACAUCCGGGCUAGGACAUCUCAAAACCAAGACCAGACCUGUUGCUGUCAAGUUGAUUUCGAGUCAUGGUGACCCUAGAGGACAGAGUAGAGCUGCCCCAUAUGGUUUCCAAAGCAGCUUGUUGAUUGGAACUGCUGACCGUUUGGUUAGCACUAGAGCUCUUAAUCACCGCACCACCAGGGCUCUCGUGUGGAUUAUGUUACAGACAAGGGCCUAAAUGACAGGUCACUUACAGAGAUUACAGCUGGAAAAGAGAAAAUAUCCAAGGAAUGGGUCCUGGAAAAACAUUUGUAGGAGGGGUCAACCAGAAAGAACUCUAGCAUAGGAGUCUCAGACAAUGUGCAUAAAGAGUAAUGAGAAUAAAGACAAGGCACAGACCUUCACCUAACGUAAUUCAAAUUUCAGAGUGCUUUCAAUGAUACAAUGCUGUGAAUAUUUUUGGUCUAUGUGGCAAAAUGUAUAUCAAAUACCACUGUGAGGAACUUUCCUCCACCUCAUAAAUUCCAACUAAAGACUGAAGCCUGCACACUCUAAACCCAAACUCAAGCCAAACCCAUUACCUUCAAAUCGAUUCCACCUCAUAGCAGCCCUGUAGGACAGAGUAGAACUGCCAUAUAGGGUUUCCAAGGCUAUAAAUCUUUAGGGAAGCUGACUACCACAUCUUUCUCCCAUGGAGCAACUGGUGGGUUUGAACUGCUGACCUCCUGGUUAGCAGCUGAGCACUUUAACCACUGCACCACCAGGACUGCACACUCUACUUAGGGUAUAUUUCAGUUAAAAGAGAAUCGUGUUAGUUUGUAUUCUGUAUCUCAUUCAUUUAUGCCAGCUUUAUUAUAAAAUGUUUAUUGAAAAUAACACUACAUGAACUUACUCCUCUUGGCCAGUGAAUUUUUAACCACAAAGGGGAACAUUGUGCUAAUGACCUUAAAUACUGAGAGAAAAUAAGAAUACAUAGUGCUCAAUUUCUUUCAUUGAUGUCUUUAAAAAACAAGAGACACACAAAUAUAUGAACGGCCUUGCUGUAGGCAAUCACUGAUUAAAGGUCAUUUUCCUUAUCCCUUUUCUAAUGUUGCCAAGUCUAUAUGGACAGGAACCUCAUUUAAAACUAUGCAUGUGUUAUUAUUAAAGAGUACAAUAGUGAAAAAGCAAACAAACAAAUAAACCUUGCUUUGAGGCUCUAAGUUCUUGCAAUAUUGUCUUCUCUGUAUUUAGUCAGGGCUUCCACUGUACAAAUUAUUUAAACUUCUCUAUGUCCUCAUAUACGUUUUGCUCAGGUUGAUUUUUCUGAACUAGAUUGCAAGCCCCUGAAUGGCAAGAGAACAUCUGUCUUGUUUUAUGCAGUGCUGGGGACCCUCAACAAAGGAAGUUUGGAGGAAAAACAUGAAAAACCCAGGAGGGAAUAAUCACUCUGACCCUGUGAGUGAAUUCAUUCUUCUUGGAUUCCUUUGUACCUCAGAGAUCCAGAUCUUCCUCUUCGCACUCUUCUCUGUGAUCUACGUCCUGACACUGGUUGGAAAUCUGUGCAUUAUAUGUGCUGUGAGGGGGGACCACCAUCUCCACACCCCCAUGUACAUCCUGCUGGCCAAUUUCUCCUUCCUGGAGAUCUGGUAUGUCACCUCCACGGUCCCCAGUAUGCUAGCCAACUUUCUCACUGAGACCAAAACCAUCUCUUUCUCUGGUUGCUUCCUGCAGUUCUACUUCUUCUUUUCCAUGGGCACCACUGAGACCUUCCUCUUGUCCGUCAUGGCCUUUGACAGGUACCUUGCUAUCUGCAGGCCCCUGCACUACCCCUCCAUCAUGACAGUCGGACGCUGCAUCAGAAUGGGAGCCUGCUGCUGGGUGUGUGGCUUCACCUGUUUCCUCCUCCCAGUUUAUCUCAUCUCUCAGCUCCCUUUUUGUGGCCCCAAUACUAUUGAUCACUUUCUAUGUGACCCAGGACCCCUUAUGAAGCUGUCCUGUGUGCCAGCUCCUGCCACUGAGGUCACCUGUGCCAUCUUUAACUCUGUCCUCAUUUUCUCCACGUUCCUCUUCAUUAGCAGUUCCUACACCCUGGUAAUCAGAGCAGUGCUGAGGGUCCCCUCAGCAGAAGGCCGACAUAAGGCCUUCUCCACAUGUGGCUCCCACCUGGCUGUGGUGUCCUUGUUUUAUGGCUCCAUCACGGUAAUGUACGUGAGCCCAACAGCGGGCAAUGCAGCUGGGAUCCAGAAAAUUGUAACUUUAUUUUAUUCUGUGCUGACUCCACUUUUCAACCCCUUGAUCUACAGUCUGAGGAAUAAGGAGAUGAAGGAGGCACUCAGGAAACUAUUUAGGACUUUGAGAUUACCUCAAAGACAGCCUCUCAAGACCUAGAAUUCAUAAUUUAUGUGUGUGUAGGACAUACAGUGGUAUAAAAACAUAGAAGCCUUAAGGAAACUUGGGACGCAAAUAUGUGCUUCUAGAUUUCCUGGAAUCUUUUUAGGAAUUAAAUUAAAUGAAGCAAAUAGCAUGUGAGAUCUUACAAGGGUUUACAUAAACCAUUUUUACUAAGCUUUAGUGCAUCAAUAUGCUAUCCCCCUGGGUAUUGCACAGAAACAGGAAAAUACCAGACAUUCUCAGGCAUAUUCAAGAUAAAACCCUAAACAACCCAGGUGUCAACAGGAUCGUUUGUAUCUUUUGCUGAUUAGGUAAAUUCCCAGUUUCCCAGUCAGUAAACGUCUAGAAUUUCCAAUACUAUCCCUCUACACACAUAUACACAAACACGCACACCACGAAGAUGUAUCUCUUCACUUCUCUUUCCACUCCUGAAUCCACCUGCUUUCUUUUUUUGAUCACAUCAGUCCAGAUGUGAGAUCUAGUCUCUUCAGCGUUUUAUCCAAAACAGCACUCCCCUACACCUUUGUGUGGGCAAAUUAGCCUGACAGCAGAUUGGAGUUGUUAAAGUGAUUAGAAUCAAUGUGAAAUAUUAGAAUGGUGGCCAGAUGGAAAAUAACUACCCACUGCUGUUAAGUGAAUUCCGACUCAUUUGGACCCUACAGGACAGAGUAGAACUUCCCCAUAGCGUUUUCGAAGUUGCAAGUCUUUAUGGAAGCAGACUGCCACAUCUUUCUCCUGAAGAGCAGCUGAUGGGUUCGAACUGCCGACCGUUUGGUUAGCAGCCGAGUGCUUAACCACUGUACCGCCAGGGCUCCGAAAGUAACUAUACAAAGAGGAUAUUAGAAUAAAGAAUUAUAAAGGAAGGAUAUGUAUUUAUAAUAGCAAAAAAAAAAAAAAAAAAAGUAAUAUAUCUCAAAAUAAACUCCCCCAAAAGAGGUAAGAUCUGCGUGGAGAAAACUACAAAUAUUUACUUUCAAAUAUUUUUUUAAAGAAAUGAGUAAAUUGAGACAUAUAUCAUGUUUCUAGGUGUGAUAAGCAACUGUUGCAAAUUUGUUAUUCUAUACCAACUAAAUUUAUAAAUUUAGUGAAAAUAGUGGAAUGAUAAUAAGAUCAAAAUAAUACCAAUCCAAAUGUCCAGUAAUUUAGAAUUAAUUAACUGAAUUAUGGUACAUACAGAGUAUGGAAUAUUUUACAGACAUUUAAAAUAAGGUUUUGACGUGUAUUUCAUGAGUUGAGACAAUAUAAUGCUAAGCGUUUUAUUGACUAUGUGAAGGUGUUCAACUAUGUAGAUCACAACAAAUUAUGGACAACGUUUUAAAGAAUGUAAUCCCACAACACUUUAUAGUGCUCAUGAGGAAUCUGCUCACAGACCAAGAGGCAGUUGUUCAAACAGAACAAGCAGAUACUGCAUGGUUUAAAGUCAGGAAAGCUGGGUGUCAGCUGUGUGUC